CCUCAUUUAUCGAGCAACCACAGCCGCCAUCAUCACGGACUCCAUCAUCGCGCGUGCUCGGGAACCUGCUUCGUUCACCCAUCACCGUCUCUGCGUAUGCCGGAAGGUGCCAUUACUUAGCUGCAGCAGGGCCUAGGUGCCUCACCCUAUCCGCCGCCAUGUUCUGGCGCUUUGGCGGCUACGCCAACAUUUCCACCAUCGACACCAUUCUCGACAAGCCCGACUUCCACCUCGAAGACCUCCUCGACGAGAGCGACCUGAUACAAGAGCUUAAGCAACAUAACACAAAGCUCAUAGAGUACCUCCGCGAAGACAGUGUCCUUGCCCGCCUCCUCGAUUAUGUCAUUGCACCAAAGCUUGAGCUCGCUGUCGCGGUGCCCGCCACCACUGCCUCUACGGCCACCAUUGCCGACGCCGACGAGAAGGCCCCGGGUGAAUCGACCGAGAAGAAACAGAAAGGAAUAGGCUUAUCCUUCGCCCGACCACGUGCUUCCUCCCGUGCCUCAGCCUCGACCACCAACGAUGAGCCGGACGAGGACGAGGCGGAGAAGAAACGUAAUCGAUAUGCCUUUGUUGCCGCCGAGGUGCUCUCUUCUGACAACUGGUCUAUAUAUGAGGCUUUGAUGGAGAACCAAACCCUCCUACGUGCCUUCUGGAGCUUUUUGGAGCGCCCCGCCCCUCUUGAUCCUCUUCAGGCCAGCUAUUUCACCAAAGUCAACGAAUCGCUUUUCGAUAAGAAGACAGACGAGAUGCUCGAUCUUCUGAAGUCAAUCGAUGCUGCUGUUCCAAACAUGCUCCGCCAUGUCGACUGUCCCAUGGUGAUGGACCUGCUGCUCAAGAUCAUUAGCCUUGAGCGAACAGAGAGUGGUCAAGGCAUUGUCGAGUGGCUCUACACAAAGGACGUGAUGCCUACGCUGCUUUCGUUCCUUGGUCCCCAGCACAGCUGGGCUACUCAGACGUCAGCAGGUGACUUCAUCAAGGCCAUUAUCACUGUCUCGGCAAACGCGUCGCAGAACGAACAAGCUUGUAUUGGGCCAAAUGAGCUCACGCGCCAGCUUGUGUCCACGCCAUGUGUCAACCAACUGAUCGGUUAUAUGCUGGGGGGAGGAAACCCGCUAACAGUUGGCGUUGGUAUUGUCAUCGAGGUCAUCCGGAAAAACAACUCUGACUACGACCCCGAUGUUGGGCAAGACAACAACACUGAACCGUCCAGUCGCGAUCCGAUCUAUCUUGGAACCCUACUGCGACUUUUCGCUGACCGCGUGCCUGAUUUCAUGAGCCUCAUUCUUAAAGCCCCAACACAGCCUCGUCGUCUGACGUCCACGUUCGGCGACAAGAUUGAGCCACUUGGCUUCGACCGGUUCAAGACUUGUGAGCUAAUGGCGGAGCUCCUGCAUUGUAGCAAUAUGGCUUUACUCAACGAGGUCGGUUCCGAGCAGAUGAUCAAGGCUCGAGAUCUGGAACGGCAGCGUCUGCGGGCUAAGGGCCAUCUGGGUCCUAAUCGCGGUGAAGAUGGCCCUUCUGUAGAGGACCUGACUAUGCGUAUCAGACACUCUCCACCCGAGGACGCUCGACGCUUGGAGGUGACAAAUGCUUCGGACGAUGAUGGAUUCGAGGAAGUGGCCCCAUCUGGCGACAUGACAGAGGAUACUUCGCACGAAUUCGUUCAGGCUGAGGCGGAAGUUUCUCGGCAUCAGACCUCCCGUUCCCUUGGCAAAGAUGGGGACGACUUUGUGGAUGAGCCGUUGGGCUCCCCAAGACUUGAUCCCCAAGACUUCAAGAGCGGAGAUCAUCAGCGGUUUGAAAACCCUGAGCUAGUCGUCGCGCCGCUUUCCCCAAAGAAGACCACUGCCGAGCCCAGUACUCUCGCUUCUGAAAAUACGGCUGGUCGAUCAGACGUCGGAAGUGGCUCGUCACAGAGUGCCGCCAACGCAGAGAUUCAACAGAAGAGGAUUCAAGACGUGGUUGCAGCAGUCGAUGCCGAAGUAGAUGCAACAGCGCCCGGAGCAAUCGAGACACCUCCAGCAUCGCCGGGGCCCACUGAUGCCGAGUCCAAGGAGGGCUUGUUCCCAGCCAACGAGGUUUCCCAAGUGCCUGAUGUAGUUCCUGGAGAUAUCGCUGAGUCGACAAGUGCAAGGGCAUCUGAAGUUGUGGCUCCAGUAUCUGCUCCUGCAGAGGGGGCCACGAGUACUGACAAGGACGCUGCUACCUCUGCCGAUAUCUCCACAAGUACUCAGCCUGUGGAACCUGUCGUGGGUGACUACCUCAAGAUGCAAUUUGUCGAGCACAGAGUUGUACCGACUAUCCUAUCUUUUUUCUUCACAUAUCCGUGGAACAACUUCCUUCACAACGUCGUGUACGAUAUUGUCCAGCAGGUCUUCAAUGGACCAAUGGAUCGUGGCUACAACUCCAGCCUUGCCAUCUCGCUGUUUGAAGCUGCAGACAUCACCAACGCCAUAAUAAAUGGCCAAGCUGCAAGCGAGAAGUCUCAAGCUGAGUCGAAGACUCGCAUGGGUUACAUGGGUCAUUUGACCCUGAUCGCGGAGGAAGUCGUCAAAUUCACUGAGCGAAAUCCUCCCGAGCUCUUAUCAGAGCUGGUUCUCACACACGUCAUGAGUCCAGCAUGGAUAAACUAUGUCGAGGGUGCCCUUGCCGAGACCCGCGAGAGAGAUAAUGCUAUUCUAGGAGGCGUCAGACCCGAGGUGGCCAUGAGCAACCGUGCUGCCAUGGCAGGGAAUGGACUAGGCGGCAUGGGCCUGUCUAGUCUAGGUCUUGGUGGCUCCCAAGGAGGCUCUACCGCUCUUGCAGAAGCUGGUCUCGGCGGGACAGGAAGCAGUGCCGAGCCCGACGCCGGAAGUGGCAGCAGUCUUGGACCAUUCAGUAUCAGCUCCGGACUACUGAGCGGCUCUGGCUUCGGCAGCUCCAGUGAUGAGGAGGAUGAAGAGGAACAGGACAACGAUGAGGACGUCAAUAAUGAGUUCCGAGCCUAUACUGAUCCUCAAAACGCUUCCGACUCGUCAAUGAAGCCGCCAUCCAUUCUGCCGCCACCGCCACCUCCACCUCCGCUCAACAUCCCGCCAUCUCGCGCCCGCUUGCAGCUUGCAGCUCGCUUAGCCAUGCACCAGAAGAAUGCGGCAACACCCUCGGCACAGUCUGCAGAGGUGGAGGAUUUUGAAGAUGACGAUGAUGCCGGGCGGAAGCGCGACGAGGACGAAGACGACUUGCGGGACCCGUUCGGUGACGACGCGGCAGAGGACGACGAAGAUAGUGAUGACGGUCCCGGCACUGGAGAUGCGGAAUCAUGGAACUCGGCUUCGCGCGGUAGCUGGUGGCGUGGUGCCUUAGGACGAGGGACUGGCGAGAAAUUCGGCGACGGCCGAGAUGAUUCAGAUUCGGACAAGGAACGAGGGGAAGCUGGAGAUGCGGACGAUGACGAUGAGGAGUUUGGGGACUUUGCCAUGCCUGAAGUUGACAAAGACGCCAGCGAUACGGGUGUGAUUGUCAAGCCCCUCCCGGUCCAUCCUCCACACCAACAAGGGGCCAAGGGAUCGUCUCCUUUUACGAGUCUGUGGCCAUUUGGAUCUAAAGAUAAAGAGAAGCAGCGAGCUCGGGACAGUGAAGAGGGUAGCGCGCCAGACAGUCUCGACGAGAUGACGGGUGACGACGGAUCCAAGAUCAAGAGCACUCACGAAGCCAAGCGAAGGACUAGUAUCGAGGACCCUGAUGAUGAGGAAGUCGUUGUAUAGAUCGGACAGUGUCAGGAUGAGUAGUUCUCGUUGAAUAAUACCAUUUGCCUCGCACGGGUCCCUCGCGAUGGGUGC